AUGGACAUCUGGAAUUUGCACUGCACCAUCUGCGGAGGGCCAACGGGCCAGCGUCUCUGGAAUGAGGAAGACGACGACUUCAUCGACUUCAAAGAGCUCCCUGGACUCACUCUCGACGACACGCACUGGAUCGGACGCUCGUCUGUCGUGGUCUAUGCGGAUUGUUUAAGCCUACCGGGAGAAUUCGACGACGACACGGGAAUUCUCUACGCAACGGGUGACGAAGUCAUAGGGGACGAAGACGGAGACGACCUUCUCCUGGAGAAAAGAGACCCUGUCCUAAGACCCAAGGAUGCGCCAUUGUCUCCCCUUGGACGUGGGGAAUACAUAUGCGCCAGUGCUGACAGGAUGCUCGUUCACGAGUUAUGCAUACGGCUUGCCGCGAGCUGGACGAAAGAGGCGCGUCCAGCAGCGUUCCGGGGAGAUGGGUUAUCGAAUACAGCCAAAUUCUUCUGGACCAACCAAGGUCCUGGGUGCAUAUGGGCGUAUGAGGCGGACAUGAAACUUGACGACGACGAAGACUACGACACUCGCGCAUACCUGGUCAAGUCUAGGGCCGCACACAAAGCAGCCAGAAGACCCGCUCGAAUCAACAUUGCCGACAACUGGCAAAAUCGCAAAUUUCUCUACGGGUACAGCGAAGACGACACGAGCAGUCGAGCGUGGCAGAAAAGUCUUUAUGAAGUGUACUACCACCAAGCGGACUACGGGAUCACGCACCUCAAGCGCCCUGACCGUUUCCCCGACGUUCAUGAGCUGCCUACCGAGCUUCCCGUCCCCUCCCCAAGCUCCUUCUUCCCCUUCAAUCUCCCAGCAGACAUCGUGCUGCACCUCCUUUCGGAACUUGAUGGGCCCUCCAUGCAUGCGCUCGAGCGCACGUCUCGCGUUUGGCACGAUUUCCUGCAGUCCAAGUUGGCCCAGCAGCACGUAUGGCUCCCGCUCCUGCGCAAAUGUCACUACACCCCGACGGAUGCGGACUGGACGGAAAGCGCGGAUGCCAUCCGUCAGACGCUCGUGUCUCCGGAACGUAGGGCCACGGUCGACUGGCGGAGAUACCACAUCGAUUGCAGCAGAAGCUCGAAUAUGAUAAACCGCGCUCGCAUUCAUUGCUCUGUUCAGAUCAUCGGUCAGUGGUUAGGUCACUUUGAUCCAGCCUAGCUGGAUAAGGCACUGGGUGCAUGAGCCUGACGGCGAGGGUUGCAUGUUUUUCUGGUGCCAUGGAUUCGAUCUUUUCGAGGAGCAUCGUUGGAUAUAUAUCCUCAGUCGUACACAUAUUCAUACUGGCUCUCGAAAGCCUAGACAACUAUAUCCUCUUCGUUGUGACAAAAGUCG